CCUAGAAUCCUUUGCGCGCAGUGUGGCGGAAGUCUCCAUUGAAAAUCCGCGGAGUCGAGUAUCUUUGAAUAUACAUCGGAAUAUCUUUGCGGGGCUCGUUGAAGCGGAUGAGCGUCCUGGCAGUUGUGGGUAAUUUUUAAGAGAGUGAGAGAUACAGUGGAGAAGCAGACGGCAGAGACAAAGUAAGGAGCUCUGUACUGAUUAUAUGGAGGUGGUUAGCGGGAAAAAAAAACCCCAUAGAAGUCUGCAGGUAGGCACAGAGCGAUGUUAGAGAGGAAAUAGAGACAACGGGAAUUGAUGACAGAAAGGGGAAAAGGAAGAGCGGUGUUGAUGGAAAAAAUUAGGAAAUAACCGAAGUAAUGGCUAAAAUAAUUAAAUCAGCAGAAAAUAAUAGGGCUGGAGGAAACGAGGAAGGGAGAAAAAAAUGGAAUAAUCGUCAGAUUAACAAUAACAGGGAUUUUAGUAAUAAGUCCACUGAAAAUUGCUGAAUCGAUAAUAGGACGCGUUAAAGUGGUGAAAAAAAUAAACAGAUGAGGGUUGUACGUAGGAUGUACGUAGUGGUAAAUAAAAAAGAGUGUACACGCCCCUGUUUGGUGGAGUUGAACAGAUCGAUUCAACAGAGAUAGAUUGAACAUGAACAGAUACUACAUUGUUAUUGGCCCUCAGCCAACCAGAGCCCCCCAUACCGUCCUUUCCCUCUCAGGUUCUGUUCAGGCCCCACGGUGCGCUUCACGUGAACAGUUCUGUGAGGGUCCUUUCGUGGGCUAGGAUGAAGGCUACUAGUAGGUACAGUGUGCCUAACAGAACAUAAACAACACGCAUUCCAGUGGCUAACUCAGCAACACAACACAAAUGCCCAAAUAACAUCAGAAGAUACUGAUGAAUUUAAUGAGAACAUAAUAAAGGGACUAAAUAUGGCAGCAAAAUAAUUUAUUCCAAUAAAGAAAAACAAUACAAUAAAAUAGCAGUUCCGUGGUGGAAUAAGAAAUGUGAUGAAGUGAUAAAACAAACAAAAAAAGCAUUAGACAAAGUAAAAAAAAAAAAAAAAAAGCAAUGAAUACAGCAACACUGAUACAAUAUAAAAAGCUACAGCAAUUGCACAAACGGAAAUAAGAUGUAGAAAAAGGCAGUACUGGCAAGAAUACUGUUAAAAAAUAACAGUAGAUAAGAAAAUAAGAUCAAUUUAAGAAUAUUGCAGCUAAAGGCAGGAAAAAGGGGUUAUAACACAUUGGGUCUUAAAAAUGAAGAGGAACUUGUAUAUGAAGAUAAAGAAGACAAUUUAUUGGGAAUAUAAUUUUAACAAUGAAUAGUAAUGGAAAUUGUUAUUUGGAAUUUUUGACACAAAUAGAGGAGUUUCAUAAAGUACAUUAUAGAGAAAUAGAAAACCAAGAAGAAAAUGUUAAUUAUAAUACAAUAUUUUCAUAUAAAGAAUUAACAGAGGCUAUUAAACAAGGAGAAAUACAAGUCCAGGAGAGGACAAUAUUUGGUAUAAAUUCUUUGAGUAUAUGCCACAAGAAUGUUUAGAGAUUCUGUUAAAAUUAUAUCAUAUAAUAUGGAAAAAAGGGUGUGUACCAAAAAAAUGGAGAGGCAAUAAUAGUACCGGUGUUAAAACAGGGAAAAUAUCCUACAGAUGUUAUAGCAUAUGGACCUAUAGCAUUAACAUCUACAAUAUGCAAAAUAAUGGAAAAAAUUAUGUGCACAAGAUACAUUUUUUUCUUGGAAAAUAAUAAUUAUUAACGAAAUGUCAAAGUAGAUUUAGAAGAAAUAGGGCCACAAUAGAUCACGUAAUAGGCAAUAGAGAAAUUGUAGGGGCAAUAUUGUAGGCAGAGUUGGGGUCAAUUCCAGUUCCAUUUCCAAUCCCAGUUCCCUUUUAUACAAUUCCAAUUCCUAUUCCGUUUUACGGCAUAGUCUUUACUGAGGUUUAUGCCAUAGGCUUUAUCAGGUUCAUUAAGUCGUAUACAGUGUUUGUUUGCUCAAUAAAGCCUUUGCUGUAAAAUGAUGGAAUAAGAAUUUGAAUUGAUUAAAAGGGAACUGGGAUUAGAAAUGGAAUUGGAAUUGAAAAAAUGGAAUUGACCCCAACUCUGAUUGUAGGGGCAAUAUUUAUAGACAUUGAGAAAGAUUAUGAUAUGGUAUGGAAAAAUGGCUUGUAUAAAUUAUAUAAAAUGAGAUUGAAAGGAACAUGUUUUGGCGAAAAAGAGAUUUUCUAAAAGACAGAACUUUUAAAGUACAAAAUGCAACUUCUAGAACAUUUCAGAUGCAGAAUGGAAUGCCACAAGAUAGUGUAAUAAGCCCAAUUGUAUACCAAGCAUCAAAAGAAACUUAUCACUAUUAUAACACAUUUAUUUUUGAAAAAAAGGUAUAUAAGUGAUGGACAGUGACGAAAUGUUUUUGGUUUCUUUUUAAUCACUCGAUCAUUCAUCCUUGACCAUGACACGCUUCAGUGACUAUGACUGAAACAUAUGCACUUAAUCACCUAAUUAGUGAGACAGUUGAUUGGACACUGGAUAUGGAUUGAUUUCAGCUGUUGAAUUGCAAGCUUGAAUAAAGGCAAUAAAGAAAAUCACAGAAAAAAAAAACCAAUAUGCCACGUCUGUCAGAGAGCAGCGCCUUCGUACAAUCGGCAUGUUGGAGGCUGGACUAGGGCAGCAUACUGUGGCUCACCGUCUUGGGUGCUCACAGCCAGCAAUUUCAAACCUGGCGAGACGGUAUAACCAGACACACUCUGUCAAUGACAGGCCACAAACUGGGAGACCAAGAGUCACAACACUUGCUCAAAAUCGACAGAUCAUUUUGCAGCAUCUUCGUGAUGUCAGUUGUUAAUCAGCACAAUAAAAAGUCACUGCACCUGCUGUAAAACAGAGUUUGUCAUUUUUCGAUCACAUCUAGUGAAUUUUAUCCAAAUAUAAGUGAUACGUUUCUUUUGAUGAUCAGUAUAUUUAAUGUAAUGGUAAAUGAUGCAGUAGAGGAAAUAAGUGGUAGUAAAAUGGGUCUUUUUGCUGAUAAUGGGGUAAUAUGAGUGAGAAGUAAAAAAAAAUGGAGGUGGUAAAAGAUAAACUAUAGGAGACUGGAUAAAUUGGAGUUAUGGGUGAAAAAGUGGGGAUUUAAUAUUGCAUUAGAGAACUGAAAGCAUGCUUUUUUCUAAACAAAUCAAAGUAAAAAAAAUAUAUAUAAAAUAUAUUUAAUUAUAUGGACAACAUAUAAUUAAAGAAGUGGAUGAUGCCAGAUAUGUGGGGGUUUAUUUAGAUAAAAAAAAAUGAUGUGGCAUAAAAAUGUCAAAAUUAUAACAGAUAAGUAUAAAGGAAGAUUACAUUUGUUGAGAGUAAUAGCAGGUACCAAAUGAGGAGCAGAUCAAGAGUCUUUAAUGAUCUAUAAAGGUACAACAAGAAGUGUACUGGAUUAUGGAAGCCAAGUUAUAGCAAGUAAGAGUCAAUUAAAUCAUUUAGAAGCAAGUCAGGCACAGGCAGGGUGUGAAGUUAACUUCAUGAAGGGCAAGGCAAUGUUGCCUUCACUGGGCGUAAAUAUUCAGGGGGACGAAGGCAAAACAUAAAUCCAACCCAAGGGCACUUGCUCAGGUAUUUUUUUUGGUGCAAGAAUUUGAGCAAAAUGAAUAAUUAUCUACCUAUUUUGUGUCCAUUUUUAGCAUUGGUGUUUUGGGGGGAAUAACACUGAAUUACAAAACGGCAAUGAUCAUUGAAAUUGCACCGUUGCAUUUUAAAGUAUUGCAAUUUUAAGCCCGUUCUGUCACAAUUUGAUUUCAUUCUGUCUAAUCUCGUCCUUUCUGCAGUACUGUACUUGACAACUGUAAGUUCACAUUAUUAUUAUUGGUAUCAUUGUCGGGGACGAAUUGUUGUGCACCCAUUGCUUAGGCCUACCUGAAGGUAAAUCCUAGAGCACUUCGCUGCCGCUUCCUUCCGUCUGCGAGUAUAUGGAAAUGGGAGAAAAUAUAAGGAAAGAAAUAAAUGUACAUAUAUAAAGGUAGAGGGCAUGCAUCAUCUCCAUUUAGAUGGCAUGCACCAACAACCCCCUAAAAAGAAGCAUCACAACAGCUUAGUUUAUUUUAAUGGGAGGCUAAUAAGAAACAAACAUGCAUAUUACCACAGUGAACAUGUACCUCAUCGAUUCUGAACAAUAUGUAAGUGGAAGAAGUUGAGCAAAUGGAGGCCACAGGAGAAACAAUUCCCCAGUCACUGCCCCUGAAUGAGCAACAGGUCCUAAACUCUGCAGGUGGAUUUACCUGGGAGGUGAAUGACAUGACACGCCUGCGUCGCUUUUUGUGCUUCGGCUCAGAAGGUGGGACAUAUUACAUCAAAGAGCAGGAGCUAGCAUGGGAAAAUGCAUUGGUUUUAUGCAGACUGAUAGAGGAUGGCAGGGGCGUCGAAGUGGUUCAAGAAAUCAAAACAUUUAGUCUUGAAGGGAGAGCAGCAAGAGCAAACCCUGCCCUGUUUGCUCUUGCCGUUUGCUCGCAGCACUCGGAUAUCAGAACCAAGCAGGCUGCCUUCAAAGCCGUGGGGGAGGUUUGCCAGCUUCCCACCCACCUGUUUACUUUCAUCCAGUUUAAAAAGGACCUCAAGGAAGGCAUGAAGUGUGGUAUGUGGGGCCGAGCCCUGAGGAAAGCGGUGGCAGACUGGUAUAAUGAGAAAGAUGCCAUGUAUUUGGCAAUGGCGGUCACAAAAUAUAAGCAAAGGAAUGGGUGGUCGCACAAGGAUCUCCUGAGACUGUCACACAUGAAACCUGCAAAUGAAGGGCUUGCACUGGUCGCUAAAUACAUUACAAAAGGCUGGAAGGCAGUCCAGACGGUGUAUAACGAGAAGGAGAAUUCAGACUGCAUCCGAAAGGUUCUGCAAUACUUGGAAGCUGUGGAAAAAGUUAAACACACCACUGAUGAGCUUGAAGUAAUUCAUUUGAUAGAGGAACACAAGCUAGUCAGAGAACAGUUACUCCCCAGCCACCUAAAAUCUAAAGAGGUGUUGAAGACUUUGCUGAAGGAAAUGCCGCUAACUGUGAUGAUGAGAAAUCUAGGAAAGAUGACAGCAGACAUGGUUCUAACAACAGGAGAAGUUGCCAUGGUGUGUGAGCAACUCCAGAAUGAAAACAUUUUAAAGACACGAGUUCAUCCUUUCAAUGUCUUAAUGGCUUUGGAAAUGUACAAAAAAGGCAGUGGAAACCGAGGCAAGCUGACAUGGAACCCAGAUAAAGACAUCCUUGAGGCACUGGACAGUGCAUUCUACACAAGUUUCAAGAAUGUGGAGCCCACAGAGAAGCGGUUGGUCUUGGCGGUCAAUGUCAGUGACUCAAUGAACAGCACUGUUUUAGGGAGUUCUGUUACUGCCGCCUAUGUGGCUGCAGCUAUGACUAUGGUUUUUGCACGCACAGAGAAGGACUCACACAUUGGGUUUUUUUCACACUCCAUGGUCCCUUGUCCUGUCACUGCAGACAUGACUCUUGCACAAGUUGUGAAAGAAUUUGAAAAGAUUACUAUGGGGACCACUGACUGUGCCCUUCCCAUGCUGUGGGCCCUGGAGACCAACACUGUUGCUGAUGUUUUUAUUGUUUUCACUGACAAUGAGACCUGGCUUGGGGACAUUCACCCAGCAGAGGCACUGAGGAAAUACAGAAAUAAAAUGGGAAUUUUCUCUAAGUUAAUUGUCUGUGGGAUGACUUCAGAUGGCUUCACCAUCGCAGACCCUCAGGACCGAGGGAUGCUGGAUAUCUGUGGCUUUGACUCAGGAGCUUUGGAAGUCAUCCAAUGUUUUGUUAUGGAUAUGAUUUAAAUGAACCACAAAAACUGAACAACAGUGAAGGAUAACAAAUUGCACACAGCUGCAAGAUCAAUGGAGACAUCAGCACAUACUGAUAUACCAGCCAAACACCGACCUAACCAUUAAGGUUUAACCCCUUUGCUGCAUGCUGUAUAAAAUCAUUAGACGGGCAAUUUCAUUUGUCCAGUUGUUGCAUCCAGCAGGCUAGACAAUGCCAUUGACUUAACAAUAUAUUAAAAAUGAAACCAAACAACAUGAAAAUAAUUUAAGCAUACACUUUUACUGAAAACUUUUUAGAACUUUUACUGAAACUAAAUACCCAGAAAAGGUUCAAUGUACAGGGCAAGAUGCAGCAUAGGGUUAACAAGAAUUGUUCUCCAACACACUUUAUGAUUUUGAAUAAUGUUAUAAGAUUAUCAUAUUUGAGUCAUGAGACUUUAACAAAAUCUUAUUAAUUAAGAAUACAUUAUAGCGUAUAUUGCUAAUGCAUACAAUUUUAUAUAGCUAUGAGUGAACUGCUUAGAAGUCACAUUUUAUAGGUUUGAAGCAGUGCAUGCUAUUUAUUGUAUUGUUUUUAUUUUAUAUUCUAUUUAAUGGGAUCAUUCCGAAGUAAUAUACUUUUUAGAAAAAGUUAGACAUGCUUGAGGAAUUAGACAAGAGUUUGGAAAGAAACAAGGUUACAUUUAUCUUACGUAAAGAAAAGGACAAAUGAAACUAGCUUUGUGCAUUUUGUAAAUGCUUAGUUUGUUUUUAACAUUUUAUUAUAUUAAGAUGAGGGUAGCAUUAAUUGAAUGCAACCUUUAAGAUUAACCACAUUUCUAUAGCACUAAUAUAACUUUAACCCUUUGCGGUCCAUUUAUUAAUCGCGCGUCAGGCACGCCAGGUCUGAUUAAUUUUCACACGCGCAGUUAAUUUUAUACGCGCUGUUUAAAAGUAUUUUUUUUCACAGUCAAACGGGUUUAAAUGGCCCUGCAUAUCAACAAAGCACACACUAGGCAUCUCCAGCCCCGCCCCAGCCUUUUGUUUGCUACAGCGUUCAGCUGUGUAAGAAAUAAAUAAUAAUAAUAAUAAUAGUCGUAAAAACCGAUCGAUCAUCUCCAGAUCACUCGUUUUAUCACCAAACUCCUCAAUAAUGCGAUCCAAGUCAUUAUUUUAUUACUAUAACAUCUGAAAAAAGCUCUGCAAAUGUCCGUGAUAGUCUCAGUGCGCUGACGCACUUAGCCAGCUUGUUUACUAUGGACGCCCAUUAUCUGAUACCUGAUACCAUGUAUG